AUGGCCAUUGGUCUCAUCACUGUUUUUAAAGAAGAUCACACCCACCCAAUGGUGAAGCUAGCAGGGAGGCGACGCUACUACAGAUCACAUAGGAAAGUCCCAGAAGAAGAUUUCCAAUUCCUACAGACGCUACAUAAUCAAAACAUUACAAUCGCUCAGAUAAUGGGUUGUCUAGGAAGUGUGCAUGGUGGCGACCCAAGGACGCUAGGCUACGUGAAGAGAGAUGUGUCUAACAUAAGGACAAUGCUGCGAGAGGAAGUAUCACAACGUGAUAUGAGCAUGGUGAUUGAGUACUUUGAACGCAGGAAAGCAGAAAGUCCAAAUUUCUUUUAUGACACACAAGUGGAUUCAAACAAUGCUGUCAGAGGAUUAUUCUGGGUGGAUGGAAGGACCAGAGCACUAUACCCCAAGUACAAGGACUGUGUUUUCUUCGACACAACCUUUUGCACCAACAAGUAUAAUCUUCCUUUUGCUCCAAUUGUGGGAAUAAAUAACCACACACAUACGAUUGUUCUAGGUUGUGCUUUGCUACCGGAUGAAACAACAGAAACAUUUAAGUGGGUAUUUGAAAGGUGGAUGCUUGCAAUGAAUCAGAUGCACCCAGAUCAUAUAAUGACAGACCAGGACCAGGCUAUGGCUACUGCAAUUGACAAGGUAUUUUCAAAUUCAGUACACAGAUGCUGCUGCUACCAUGUGCUGCACCUAGCAAGGAAAAAACUUGGUCCAAAUUUGGGAGAAGGCCAUCCAUUUGCAGAUGCAUUUUACUCAUGCAUAUAUGGAACUGAUACUAUUGAGGAGUUUGAAUUCUGCUGGCAGCAUAUGCUGCGAAGCUUCGACAUGGCAGAGAACAACCACCUCAAUAAUAUGUGGAAGAGCAGAAAGACAUGGGCACCAGUUUACUUCAGGAAAAGUUUUUUCCCAUUCACAAGCACAACUGGAAGAUCGGAAGGCCUUAACUCAUACUUCAAGACAUUGGUUCGCCCUAGUGACUCCGUGUGGAAUUUCGUGCAGCAGUAUGAGUUGUGCCAGAAUUUGAUGUUGGAUCGUGAAGACAAUGCGGGCUUCACAAUGGAGACGACGACAACAAAGCUUUGGGGCAGUUACAGCAUUGAAGAACAGGCAUUGAAAUUUUACACAAGGGAAGUCUUCGACAGAAAGAUGAACCAGUUGGCAUCUGACGCAUGCUUCGAUGAUGAUACAUAUGUUGCUGUAUCCCGCAUUGUUGACGAAGCAAGCAAAGUUGUUGCUACAAUGCUUAAAGCAAAAGGUCAAGUGCAGCAAGAAGGAGAAGGUUAUCAGCAUAGACAGAGUGAGGACCAGAGACAGCAAAAACCUGAAGCUCCACAGCAACAAACAACAACAGUAGAUGGUACUGCAAGUCACCAGGUGAAGAAUCCUCCACGUACGAAGCCAAAAGGUCGCCCAAAGAUAACAGAAAAGCGGAGGAAGACAUUGGUCGAGCUGCGGGAUGAGGCAAAUGAGAAGAGAAGGAAGAAGCAAAGUGAACCUAAAACACCAAAAAAGCCAAAACCAAAGAGGAAGUACAGGAAGAAGAAGUGCCCAUUCUGUGGUGAUGAAGAUCACAUAUCUGUAAAGGACUGCAAGUACAUGAAAAUUGCUUUGGCUAGAGAAGAUGCAAUGCAAGCGGGAGCAGAUUUGACGUUAUAG